GGGCCUUCUGGGCCUGCGCGGCGUCGCCAUGGCGACAGCGGCGGUUGGGGCGGGGAGCGCGCUGCCGCCCGUUCCUCAGCAGAUCCCAUUGGUUCCAGGUUCGAAUCCCCGGCCCGGCAUCCCAAGUCGGGUUUUGGGGUUCCCCUGCUAAAGCCUUUAGACAGCUUGUCCGGCAGUUGGAUUGUAAAUCAAACACUGACUUGACUUGAUUUUGUCUAAAUCACAUGUCCUAAAAUGCAAUCACAAAAUGGAGACUUGGACACAGGCCUUGGAGGGGAGAUCGUUGCCCAAGGGGUGGCAGGAGAGCCUCUGACCAGCGCUGGGAAUGAUGUGACCCCCACAGAAAACGAAGGAAAUUCUGUCAGCACAGUGUCAGGACUACGAGCACAACUAGACAGUGAAGAGCAAGAAUCUGAAGAGAAGACUAUUGAAAAUGCAAUUACUCAAACACAGUCUAAAGAGAAUUUGAAUGAGUACUGCACUGGAGACAUCCUCGAAAGAGCGCAAAAAGAUGUUAAAACUCAAGAGAAAGGCUUCAACUGUAUGUCCAGAACAGAUCAACAGAAUGAACAAAAAUCAGAUGGUGAUCACAAGUCACUAACCAGCUCAUUCAGUCAAAGGACAGAAGAAAAAGGGGGCUGUGUAAGAAUGACAAAAAAGAUUCUGCGAGACAUUUGUAAGCAGCAGAAAUUGUACUUGACCCCAUCCUUAAAUGAUAUACUUUACUUGCAUUAUAAAGGAUUUGACCGACUGGAGAACCUUGAAGAGUAUACCGGAUUGAGGUGUUUAUGGCUGGAAUGCAAUGGCUUAAGAAAAAUAGAGAAUUUGGAGGCUCUGACAGAGUUGCGCUGCCUCUAUUUGCAACUCAAUUUAAUUAACAGAAUUGAAAAUCUUGAAUCCUUAGAAAAGCUGGAUUCCCUCAACAUCAGUAACAACUAUGUCAAGACCAUUGAGAAUCUCUCUUGUCUGAAAGUUCUGAACACCCUGCAGAUUGCUCACAACAAGUUAGAAACAGUGGAAGACAUACAGCACUUGCAAGAAUGCCCAAGUAUUUCUGUUCUCGAUCUUUCCCACAACAACUUAAGUGAUCCAAAUAUUAUAACUAUUCUGGAAGCAAUGCCUAAUUUGCGUGUGCUGAAUUUAAUGGGAAACCAAGUGAUCAAGAAAAUCACUAAUUAUAGAAAAACACUUACUGUUCGACUAAAACAGCUAACAUACCUGGAUGACAGACCAGUUUUCCCAAAGGAUAGAGCCUGUGCAGAAGCCUGGGCUGUUGGAGGGCUUGAAGCUGAGAAAGCAGAAAGGGAAAAAUGGGAAACCAGAGAGAGAAAAAAAAUCCAAGAUAGCAUCGAUGCUUUAGCAGCAAUCAGGCAAAAAGCAGAGGAAAAGAAAAGACAAAAGUAUAUGGAAGAAAGAGAUGCAGGUGCAAAAUGUGGAAACGAAGAUGCAACAGCCACCCUAGAAGGAGGAUCUGCAAAUUCAGAUAACAAUGAUGGAAACUGUAAUACAUCAGAGACAUCAAAUCUAUCAGAAGAGCAAGAAACUCAAGAGAAGACUGAGAAAUUUAGAAAGAAAAGUGUUGAUGCUCAUGAGGAAGUGAUAACACUCGUACCAGACAGGGGAGAUAACACAGACUUCCCACCUGGAAGUAUUCCUGCAAGAAUUCAAGAAGAUGCACACAAGUUGAGUUCGUACAAACACUUAAACUUCAACAAGGAGCUAGAUGAUCAACCCAGAGAGAAUACAAGUACCGAAAGGCCCAUAGUUCCUGAACUGGAUGAAUAUGCUGAAAUCGAACAGAUCAAACCAGAGACACCAGAGAAACUUCAUCUUGAUGAACUGCCUGAUUUAGAAGAUAUAGAUGUAAAUGAAUUUCCCCCAGAAGAGGAAAUCUUUGUUCAAAAGCAACGUCACCCAAAUAUUGAAAUAAUUUCUGAAAUGACAAAUGACAGCGAUUCUGCCUUAGAGGAAAACGCUAAAACCACAUUUGAGCAUUCAGUAGGAGAAGUUCCAACAACAAUUUUUUCAAACAUGUCUAAGACACAUAAAGCACAAGAAAAUGAACGCCUAAGACCCUUUGCUGAAGGUUUAUUUAUGGAGCCCUCUAAUUCAGGAAGAUACUUGGAGACCAAAGACAAACAAGCUAACCCCCGGAAAGCCUUGAUACAAGAGGUUAUCUCUGAACCUACUGAAAAACUACUCUUGUCAUCAGUCUGCAAUCAACCAGAUGACCCAAGCCUGUGGGAAGGGGACAGCAAGAUUACAGUUCCUUGCCCUGGGAAUGGCAGUGAUGGAGAAGUACAGACCCUGGCUGAAGGCAAAGAGUGUCCUCAUGAACCACAAGAUGACAAGUCAGUAAGAAGGGAUUAGAUUAAUCACUUUGAAUAAAACAAACCAAAUCUGGAACAUUGUGCCUGCCUGACUGCUUAAAGUUGUUCAAAUGCAAAGUUCAGCAGUGGGACCAUCAGUUAAAACUGACGUAACACUUUGUGGUAUAAAAAAACCACUGCCUUCACCAUGAAGACUUCAGUGUUUCAGUCAGAGGCAAUGCAGCCUCCAACAUAUGACCUUCAGGGCAGAACAUAUGGUGAUGCCAGCAUGAAAGCAGCACAUAACCCUCUGUAACGUGCAGGUAACAAGUGCCUUGUGUUCCCAUUGACAAAAGUGCUAGAAAUCCCUCGCCUCUUCAGAGCAGCUGGGAGCAUUUACUACCACUGAAAAUGAGGGCAAUAGUGUUUUAAGGUUAAAUUCCACUCUCUCACAUCCUUUCUUUUUCCUUGCAUCUUUCUAGAAAUGUUUGUAUCUUAUGGUUUCAUUACCUACAUAGUUUCAAUUCAUAAUGUAAUACGUUUCUGUCAUUUGAACUAAAUAAAGAUUCUACUUGU